AUGGACAGUUCGAUCGGUCUCCUCAGCAACGUCGCCACACUGGUGACAAUAUUCAUGUUCCUCUGUCCGUUCAACGAGUGUCGGACCGCUCUACAGACGAGGACGCUUUCCCCUUCCUUCAACAUCCUUCCAUAUGUAACGACGGCAAUGACUUCAACGCUGUGGUUUACUUACGGCCUCAUGACAGAGCAGCCGCCACUGGUGCGUGUCAACAUUGUGGGCAUCGUCCUCGAAGUCGCCUAUUCGGCGAUUUUUUUCAGAAUAGCGAGAACGAAUAAAAACGCCAAGAUACUUGUCGGAGCUCUUGCAUUUACUUUCUCCGUUCUUGCGCUCACUUAUAUUGUCGAACCACCAGAAUUCGCAAUACAACUGCUCGGCCUGGUUUGUUGCUCUGUCAAUAUCAUUUGCUUUGCUUCCCCGCUAGCAGCUGCUAAAGAAGUAAUCAGAACGAAAAGUACAGAGUCUCUUCCUCCUUUCGUCGUCCAAGUCUCAAUGUUUUUCACCCCUCUUCUUUGGUUUUUCUACGCGUAUCUUAUCGACGAUACGUUUCAAAAGAUUCCAAAUGGCUUGGGCGCUCUCCUAGGAUUGUUUUCAAUGUAUCUUCGUUACAAAUACAAGCAAGGAAAAUCGAGAAAUGACUAUCUUCCACUUGGGGCCUGA